AUGGCAGAUGAUCCCAGCUCGGCUGUCAUGCGGGUGACCUUCGCCCUGAAGGAUAAAUCCUCACGGAGUCGGCUGCUGAAGGCAAAGUGCUGCGCUUUCUCGGACAGAGUGCCACUUACGAGGAUGCGAUACUCCAGUCGGACUUGCUGCUCAUUCUGGAACCUCCUCUUUCUCUUUCUGCAGAGCCGGUUUUGGACCGCGUUCUUCAUCUCCAUGCCCUGUGCCCUCUCUGCAUGCUUGCUGAAGCUGUAUCAGAAUCACAUUGAUGCUGGAAAGAUGGAAGGCGUCAUCAACGAUGACCAGGCCUACAACGGCAUCGUGGUACUGAUCAGUUUUCUGAUUGUCUUCCGCACCCAGACAGGUUACCACAAGUUUUGGGAAGGCACCGAUCUGGCCUAUCAGCUGAUCGGAGACAUCAGCGACGGCUGCAGCGACCUCAUCGCCUACUGUGAAGGCUCCAAGCUCGAUGACCACGAAGUGCAGGCGUUUCAGCAUUUGCUCAUCCGCCUCGCCAGCCUCUUGUCCGCGGUGUGCUUCGCGGAGUUGGCCGGCGGAAGCCUUUCUUACGAAGAUCCUUCAGUGCCGACUCAGUUCGCGGAGUAUGAACUGAUCGACUUUAACGGCUUGGACGACUUUACCAAGACCUUCAUGGCGGAAGGUAAGGGCUCGCCUGAGGUGGUGUACCAGUGGAUUCAGAUCCUCCUUUGCCGCGCCAACAACAUGGGCACUUUUGGCGUGCCGCCGCCAGUGCUGACGCGCGCCUACCAAGACAUGGGCCUCUCCAUGAUUCGAUUUCAUCAGGCACAAAAGAUUGUCGAGGUGCCUUUCCCCCUGCCCUACGUGGUGGCUCUGCAGCUGCUGCUGUUCACCCACUGGGUUAUGACCCCCAUCAUCACGGGCCAGUGGACCAACUACGCGGUCUGGGCGGGAGUCUUUGCUUUCACCAGCACCAUCUCCCUCUGGUUCUUUUUCGGUGUCGCCAUGGAGAUGGACGCGCCCUUCCGGCAGAGCUUGUACGGCAUCGACUGCAAGGCCCUGCAGAGGCACCUGAACGGGCGGCUGCUGAACCAGCUCCAGACCUUCGAAGGCCUUCAACCGGCUUUGAACAGGGACACGUUUCAGCAGAAUCCGGAGCUCUACGAGUGGCAGCCUCAGGGCCUGGACGCCACAGUGCCGCGGGAAAGCAUACGCCGCACCAACUCGCCCAACUCGCUGACCAAGUCCCAGACCCACUUUUUCGAGGGGAACUCAAUGAGCAAGACCCUCUCGACACUGAAGGAGACGGCCUCGGAGGAGGAAGAAACCACCUCCCGAACGGCGGACUCGGUGGAGGUGACGAUGCCUUUGGACGGCGACAAGCUGAAGCUCUGA